AUUUGAUUUUGAUACUCAAACUGAGCAUACAAACUUGAAUAUGCAUGAUGAUAUUUAUCGUAAAGAGAAUGAAAUACGUAAAGCAAAAAUAGCAUUAGCUGGGAUUGAAGUACAAUUAAAAAUUAUUGAUAUGAAGAAAGACGGUUCUGGUGACCUGAAAUCUGUCACAACAUCCGGUCCACAAAAUAUUAAAGGAUUAUGGAAACGAGCCUUUCAUUCUUUAAGAAAAGAUAAGACUGAUAAAGAUCAAAUUAAACGUAAAGAAAAUGGUAAUCAACCAACGGAUCCUCAAACACCAGAGGGUGAAGUUGACCCAGUAUAUCAUUUGCUAAGAUGUGCUGCGAGUAAAAGUCAAACUACAGCUGUAGCUACAACUGGUAUAAUGAAUUCUAGAAUUAAUGCUAAAACAAAAUCCUCUGUACCUGAUACAACUAUAACAAGUUCUAGUGAAUUUGGACAGUUUGUGAAAUCGGAUUAUAAUGAAAUAAAUUCAUAUCCUGGUUCUUUACUUCUACAAAGAGCAUCUACGAGCAUAACACUUAAACAAAACGAAUCAGAUCCACGACGACCAGAUGAAUAUUUACUGGAAGGUGACAACAAUCUCAGCAUCAUAAAUAACAAUAAUAAUCAAAGCAACAAAGAAAUUGAAAGUAACAUAUCACGCUUCAAUGAGUAUAAGUCGGUUAAAAGUAAUGUGUUAAUUUCUAGUAACAUGAAAUUAUCUCCUCAAAAACCUGUAGCAGAACAACAAAUUGUAAAUGUAAAUGAAGCAGAACUAGCUUAUGAACAACAUAAGCGAAUGAAUCCUAGACAGAAAACCAUGCGUUCUAAUCAGAAAAGUCCAGGAUUUCUUACUGAAGAUUAUCCACAAACAUCCUUUACUGGUGAUUAUGGCUAUGAAAGUGAACCGAAAUCAUUUACUUGUACAGAUGAAGUAAAAUCUCAAAAAUUAUUUCCAGGUUAUAACCCAAAAUCAUUUUCAUCAGCAAUAAGAAAUUCCCGCGAAAAAAUGAAUGCAUCCAAUCGAAUGAAAAUGAUGUCAAUGGAAGAAACUGAAGAUGAUGAUGCUGAAGGAGAUAAUAAUAAUAAUAACUAUUAUAUACAAGAAAAUGAUAAUUAUCAAGGACAAAAUACUUAUAAUACAAGUUAUUUACGUUGGAAUAGUUCAAAUCCAACAAUCUCACAAAAAUAUGCUUAUAAUUUAAGUUCAGCAAUGUCCUACACAAACAACAAACUUAGAAGAUACAGCAAAAAAGAAUCCAUUAUUAUCUACAAAAGUUUUUCAUUGGAUGUACCACGUUUUGAUCAACCAAAUGAUUCUAAUUUAACUGGUUCAGGAGGUUCAAGUCCAGGGCGUUAUUCUGAAGGAUUUCGAAAAUCUUCAAUUGUAAAACAUCAUCAAUAUCUACCAUCUAGAGUUUCACCAUUAUCUUUCUCUCCAAGAAUGAAUGAACCAAUGUUUUAUACUCAUGCAACGAAAAAUAUUCCUUAUGAAGAAAAACACAUGACGGAUAUUCAUUAUCCUACUCAAAUAAAUACAAAAGAUUUAUACAAUGUUGGCUCCUCAUAUCCUACAAAUUUGAAUGAAAGAUCACCUUCUACAUCAGGAAGACGUAGAAUCUCACCAUUUGAAAAUUAUUCAUCUCGUCCACGUUUAAUAAAUACAAAUAGAAUGUUGCCGAAACCAAUUGAAAGUACAUAUGAAAGAAAUCCAUUUGCUGUCAAAAGGAAUUUUGCAUCAAAUCAAAGAAAUGAACCUAAUCUAAGAUUUUAA